AUGGAUUUAUCCUUUAUGGUUCCUAUGACAGCAAGAAUCGUAGGGUCAACGGUCAUGAUAUGUGUGGCAAGGCCAUUCCUGAAGUGUAUGUUUCCAUUAGCAACAGGAUUUGGAUUUAUUUCCAGAUUAUAAAUCAUGCAAAAUCCAAAUUUGAACUGAUCUUUGAUGCCAUACCAGUUGAAAAGCAUGAGGGAUCAGAUUUAUCACUGUUGGCAUUGCUGGUAAUCUUUAUACCAGUGAUUGCAGCUGUUUCCUUCUGUUAUGUUAAGAAGAAAAAACGAAAAAAAGAGAAGAGAAUUGAAGUUCAAGUGUAUGACAGAUUUAGACAGAAACAUCAAAGAAAUAGAACACUGCUAUUGACAAAAAAAGUAAAUAAUGGACAGAAAAACAACCAGAACAAUCAGAACAGUAUCAAAAUCAGGGUUUCUAGACCGUCUGAAGAUUUUGACAAUUCCCACAGGAGGUAUUUUGAUCCUGAAAUGUCUUCCAUUAGAGGAUCAGGAGAAUAUGCAAUGGCACCAGGACAGUUCUGUGUACAUAGAGUGAUUAUGCCCUCUGCAGCUAGUACCGAUGGAUCUGUUUUCCUAAAGGAUACACCAGAAGCACAGAUGAUCUCAAACUGUGGGUCAAGUUUCAGUGGUAACAGUAACUUCCUGUCCAUUCCAACUAAAUUUAGCCACAGGGCUCCUCUUCCCUCUUACUUGAGUCUGAGACCACAAACAUCUGAUAGUAGUACCGAGGGCAGUUUAAAGUCAUUAACCAAGAGGAAAAUGAAAGAGCAGACAAUAAAAGCCAUGUUUCCAAACCACAAGACUGUAGGAAGUUUAGAGAGUAUUGCUGAGCUUCCACCUUAUAAAGAUCCACCUCCAUAUUAUCGAGGUAAAGAUGAUAGUUGUUACGAUGGUAAAAAGCAAUUACCCUCGAUGGUAUCUGAUACAUCAGUAUUUUCAAAUGAUCAUCCAAAGAAACUCGAUAAGAGGCAGAAAAGAAGAAAAACAGAAAACAAGUCUGCAUCUUUCAUCGCAUCAAAUAGUAGUAGAAAAAGGUCAAAGGGAUCUCUGACAUAUAAUGAUGAAAGAAAUGGUUAUCGUACUGCACUUUUCAGUAGAUGUGCAGAGGCACCAGUAGAUUCGUAUCGACCUGGUACAGGACAUCCAACAUUUUUGUCAACAUCAAACUUCCAUAAUAUGAAUAAUUUUGUUUCGUCAACUAAUUUACAAAGGGGAAAAUGGGAAGACAUUCAUUGCUUGAAUGAUAGCGGAUACAAAUUCUCUCAAAAUAGCUGCUGUUCAUUACAAAACUUAACUGAGAUGAAAGAAAUGUGUAAAACCAUGCCCAUCAUUCAUGUUUCAUCGUUUUCAUCAGUCAUCCAGGAGCAUAAUACCUUAUCAUACUCGGCCCAUGCCCUGAACCAUGCGACAACUGAAUUGGGAAGUAGCUCUACCUCCAACAAUGAAAACAUGUCGUUGAUUAACGAGGAAGGAGAUAUAUCAGUAAACAAAGAGUUUGACAAUCCUGCUUUUGUGCUGGAUGAGUCUCCUCUAAAUCAAAACAAACAAUUGCAGUUUCACCAAACAUGUUCUUUGGAUGGAAAUAAAUCUUUUGUUGAUUUAAAUAAUAACACACAGUUCAAUGAUACUAUGGGGGAUAAUAAAUCCUUCAUUGUCAAUGAUUUUUACCCAGGAGAAAAUCAUUUUAUUGUUCUGGACAGAGGAGAAACUAUUGUUUGAGCAGUCAAACUAGGCAUGUGUGCUAUGUUUUGUCCAGGUUAAAGUUGAGGUAGUUUACCAUAUGUUUUGGUUUAGGUAGUUUAACCAAGAAAGUAUUAUCAUGUCAACUUGAAGUUUGAUACACAUGUGAUUAUGAUGUUAAUUUUUUAGCUCACCUGGCCCAAAGGGCCAAGUGAGCUUUUCUCAUCACUUGGCGUCCGUCGUCGUCCGUCGUCGUUACCUUUUACAAAAAUCUUCUCCUCUGAAACUACCGGGCCAAAUUAAACCAAACUUGGCCACAAUCAUCAUUGGGGUAUCUAGUUUAAAAAAUGUGUCCGGUGACCCGGCCAACCAACCAAGAUGGCCGCCAUGGCUAAAAAUAGAACAUAGGGGUAAAAUGUAGAUUAUGGCUUAUAUCUCUGAAACCAAAGCAUUUAGAGCAAAUCUGACAUGGGGGUAAAAUUGUUAAUCAGGUCAAGAUCUAUCUGCCCUGAAAUUUUCAGAUGAAUCGGACAACCCAUUGUUGGGUUGCUGCCCCUGAAUUGGUUAUUUUAAGGAAAUUUUGCCGUUUUUGGUUAUUAUCUUGAAUAUUAUUAUAGAUAGAGAUAAACUGUAAACAGCAAUAAUGUUCAGCAAAGUAAGAUCUACAAAUAAGUCAACAUGACCAAAAUGGUCAGUUGACCCCUUAAGGAGUUAUUGCCCUUUAUAGUCAAUUUUUAACCAUUUUUCGUAAAUUUUUGUAAUCUUUUACAAAAAUCUUCUCCUCUGAAACUACUAAGACAAAUUUAACCAAACUUGUCCACAAUCAUCACUAGGGUAUCUAGUUUAAUAAAUGUGUCCGGUGACCCAGCCAACCAACCAAGAUGGCCGCCAUGGCUAAAAAUAGAACAUAGGGGUAAAAUGUAGAUUUUGGCUUAUAUCUCUGAAACCAAAGCAUUUAGAGCAAAUCUGACAUGGGGUAAAAAUUGUUCAUUAGGUCAAGAUCUAUCUGCCCUGAAAUUUUCAGAUGAAUCGGGACAACCCAUUGUUGGGUUGCUGCCCCUGAAUUGGUAAUUUUAAGAAAAUUUUGCAGCUUUUGGUUAUUAUCUUGAAUAUUAUUAAAGAUAGAGAUAAACUGUAAACAGCAAUAAUGUACAGCAAAGUAAGAUCUACAAAUAAGUCAACAUGACCAAAAUUGUCAAUUGACCUCUUAAGGAGUUAUUGCCCUUUAUAGUCAAUUUUUUACAAUUUUCAUAAAUUUUUGUAAAUUUUUUUCAAAAUAUUUUCCACUGUAACUACUGGGCCAAGUUCAUUACAGAUAGAGAUAAUUGUAAGCAGCAAGAAUGUUCAGUAAAGUAAGAUCUACAAACACAUCACCAUCACCAAAACACAAUUUUGUCAUGAAUCCAUCUGUGUCCUUUGCUAAAUAUGCACAUA